CUUCUCUGGCCUGUCCUGCAGAACGCCCAGGUCCGGGGAUUUUAUGACUUCUACCUGCCUAGGGAUGAAAUAUGGAUCUACAACAUGGAAACUGGAAGAUGGAAGAAGAGCAAGACAGAGGGAGAUGUUCCCCCCUCCAUGUCUGGCAGCUGUGCUGUGUGUGUGGACAGAGUGGUUUAUCUCUUCGGGGGGCACCACGCCCGGGGCAACACCAACAAGUUCUACAUGUUAAAUGCCAGGGGGUGCCCCCCUCCUCCAAGGACAAGCUGGGGGUGUGGGUGCACAAGAACAGGCUGAUAUUUUUUGGAGGCUAUGGCUAUUUUCCUGAAGGGAAACACCGUGGAACAUUUGAAUUUGAUGAAACCUCUUUUUGGAAUUCAGGUCAUCCUAGAGGGUGGAACGACCACGUCCACGUUCUGGACCUUGAAACUUUCACUUGGAGCCAGCCUAUAACCACGGGCAAGACCCCGUCCCCUCGAGCCGCCCACGCCUGUGCCACGGUUGGGAACAGAGGAUUUGUGUUUGGAGGCAGAUACAGGGAGUCCAGAAUGAACGACUUCUACUACCUGAACCUGGACACCUGGGAGUGGAACGAAAUACUCACCCAAGGCAUCUGCCCCGUGGGCCGCUCGUGGCAUUCCCUAACGCCGAUCUCCUCGGAUCACCUCUUCCUCUUUGGAGGAUUCACCACGGACAAGCAGCCCCUGAGUGAUGCCUGGAUUUAUUGUAUCAGCAAGAACGAGUGGGUACAGUUUGAGCAUAACUACUCUGAAAAACCAAGGCUGUGGCACACGGCCUGUGCCAGCGAGGAGGGCGAGGUGAUCAUCUUUGGGGGCUGUGCCAACAACCUUCUGGCCCAUUCCAAAGCUGCUCACAGUAAUGAAAUCCUUGUGUUCUCCCUACAACCAAGAUCUCUUGUAAGAGCAGCAGCCAGGGGUGAGGGUGGAGGAUUCAUCCCCUGCUGGAGGCACAAACUCCCUGCUGACAGCAGCCCCGUGUUCCCAGGCUGUGCCUGGAGGCUGUGAUUUGCUUCAAGGAGCUGUUGGCCAGCUCGUGGCACUGCCUGCCCAAGCACCUCCUGCACAGCGUGAACCAGCGCUUCGGCAGCAACAACACCUCGGGCUCCUGAGCCCCGGGGCACUGAAAGGUGUGUGCUCCACCCCUUGUCUAGGUAGUUGCUUCUCGCCCUCCCGUGCAUGUGAAUGGCCUAGAGAGAACCUAUUUUUGUGUGAGAUGUUCCAAUAAAUGUAUUAAUGCCAGAGAUGAGCCUGAGCUUAAGCUGCACCCAGGUGUGGGGUUGUGCACCCCAGGGGGUGAGGCUGACCCCGAGAGGGGGGGAUGUCCUGGGGACAGGAGCUGGGAGUGCUGAGCACAGCUCUGGAGUGCUGCAGGUCGUGUUUAGUCCACAGCUUCACGUUUUGCCACAGCUGUUUAAGGUCAGAGAAGCAGGAUCUGGAAUUUAGGAUCUGGAAGUUGUCCCGUUGUUGGUCGAUAAACUGUCGUGAACCUUGAGAUGUUAAAGCACCACUACUCUCUGCUUGGCUGUAGUUUGGUUUUUUUUUGGAAUUUUUAUGUUGUGGAAUUUCAAUUGUGAACCUUAGGUAGCAGAUAUUCUGCCCUGCAAGUGUAACUGGGAGUGCUUGUGCCUGUUCCCAGCCCCAGGGCUGUCCCCAGGCUGCAGGGCCAUGGAGCUCUUGGGGACACGGGGACAGGGCCAGGCUGUGCUGCUGUGGGGAAGGGGGGGAUCAUGUUUUAAGCUGUCAUCAAAAACCAAUUAAAAACGUUGACUUCUAGAACAA